AUGCAACAAGAUGGGGUCAGCAGCGUGAAUCAGCUCGGGGGUCUUUUUGUGAAUGGUCGGCCGCUGCCCCUGGACACACGUCGGCAGAUUGUGCGGCUGGCAGUGGGUGGGAUGCGGCCCUGUGAGAUUUCCCGGCGCUUGAAGGUAUCUAACGGCUGUGUGAGCAAGAUUCUGGGACGGUACUACUGUACAGGUGUUCUGGAGCCCCAAAGAACUGGGGGGAGCAAGCCCCGCCUGGCCACACCCACUGUGGUGGCACGUAUUGCCCAGCUGAAAGCUGAGCGUCCGGCUCUGUUUGCCUGGGAGAUCCAACAGCAGCUCCAUGCUGAGGGACUUUGCAGCCAGGAAAAGACCCCCAGUGUCUCCUCCAUCAACAGAGUCCUAAGGGCACUGCAGGAGGAAAACAGCUUGCCCUGGACCCCGCUCAGGCCAGCAGCUGUUGUGGCUCCUGUUCAAGAUGGCUCUGAGGCUCCCCGGGGCCCCCAUCCAGGGACCAGCCACCGGAAUAGGACUAUCUUCUCCCCAGGCCAAGCUGAGGCACUGGAGAAAGAGUUCCAGCGUGGACAGUACCCAGAUUCUGUGGCCCGUGGAAAGUUGGCUGCUGCCACUUCUCUUCCAGAUGAUACAGUGAGGGUCUGGUUUUCCAACCGCAGAGCCAAAUGGCGCCGGCAAGAAAAGCUUAAAUGGGAAAUGCAGUUACCAGAAAGCACCAUCCCCACAGUCUACUCUGUGAACAGUGACCUCUGUAGUUGUACAGGACAGAGUCUGGGGCAUGAGGAACUCAAGUCCUCAACCACUCUUCCUGCCCUGGAUUCCUUGGGCCCUUCCUGCUACCAGCUGUGCUGGGGGUCAGCAGACAGGUGUCUGAGUGAUGUUGCACCUCAAGCCUCUGUCAAAUCCUGCUUGGGUAAGAUCCCCCCACAGCCCAGCAUCCUGGAUUGGCAAGUACUUUGUCAUCCCUGA